GCUUCAGGGCCGCGCUCCUGAGGGCGGCGCGCGGGGCCGUGGCGCUUCCGGCAGCGGGAGGCGGCGGCGACGAGCGGGAUCGAGCAGUUCGGGUAGCGGCCGGGGAGGCGGAUCUGGGACGAUGUCUGGGGAAGUGCCACCCAACAUUAACAUCAAGGAGCCUCGAUGGGACCAAAGCACUUUUGUCGGCCGUGCCAAUCACUUCUUCACUGUCACGGACCCUAGGAACAUCCUUCUAACAAACGAGCAACUAGAGAACGCAAGAAAGGUGGUGCAUGAGUACAGGCAAGGAAUCGUUCCUGCUGGCCUCACAGAAAAUGAGUUGUGGAGAGCAAAGUAUGUGUAUGAUUCAGCUUUCCAUCCUGACACGGGUGAAAAGAUGAUUCUGAUAGGAAGAAUGUCAGCUCAAGUCCCAAUGAACAUGACCAUCACGGGCUGCAUGAUGACAUUUUACAGGACCACACCAGCUGUGCUCUUCUGGCAGUGGAUAAACCAGUCCUUCAAUGCUGUUGUCAAUUACACCAAUAGAAGUGGAGAUGCUCCCCUCUCAGUAAAUGAGCUGGGUACGGCUUAUGUUUCUGCAACAACUGGUGCUGUAGCAACAGCCCUAGGACUUAAUGCCUUAACCAAGCACGUCUCACCACUGAUAGGACGCUUUGUCCCCUUUGCUGCCGUAGCUGCUGCUAACUGCAUUAACAUCCCGUUGAUGAGGCAAAGGGAACUCCAAGUUGGCAUUCCUGUCACUGAUGAAAAUGGCACCCGAUUGGGAGAAUCAACCAAUGCUGCAAAACAAGCCAUCACACAGGUGGUCAUCUCCAGGAUCCUCAUGGCAGCCCCCGGCAUGGCCAUCCCUCCAUUUAUCAUGAACACGUUGGAAAAGAAAGCCUUUCUGAAGAGGUUCCCGUGGAUGAGUGCACCAAUUCAAGUCACGUUGGUUGGCUUUUGUUUGGUGUUCGCCACCCCCCUGUGCUGUGCUCUGUUUCCUCAGAAGAGUUCCAUGCCUGUGACAAGCUUGGAGGAUGAGUUGCAAGCCAGCAUCCGAAGGAGUCAUCCUGAAUUACGGCGCGUGUACUUUAACAAGGGCCUGUGAAGCCAAGAUCAAGCCCUGGAGGCUCCUCCUGCCAUCUGUGAACCUCCCGAAGCCACAGCAGUGAGGAAAUCCCAUGUGAUGGGGCAUUCCCAGUUACAAAAGCCUCUAAAAGAUCUGCAUUAGAGUCAAGCUGCCCCUUGACAUGGCACCCAGUGCCAGUCAGGAGCAUGACAUUUGAACCAUGUUGUAAUUUACAAACAUACCCUUCUGGUAGACUUUAAUGAUAUCGUUUUUUCAAAGCCCUCACCUCGAGCUUUCAAAAGCACUGGUAGGCAUAGCAUAGGUGCUCCAGUUACCAGCUCAGUAAACAUUGGUUGUCAAUCAUUGGAAAGGUUACCCAUUUCAUUUCUACUUCCGUUCCACGGAGGUCUCAGUCAUGAAUUGGGAAAAAACAAAAGGUCUAAGACUAAAUGUACAAGUGUAACUACUAAGGAAACUUUGUCUCCAGUUUAGCUGCGAACCAGUCCAAAAUAGAUGGUGACAAAAAUUGAGGUUCAGAGGGUAAACACUCCGUACACUUUCCUGAAGUCAGCCACAGAGCAGGGUGUGAAGUCACUCCUGCAAUUAUCAUGUGUUCAUGGUACUGAAUUCUCUUGGUUAACUUUUCAGUUUGUCUAGUAUUCUUAUGAAAUUAUUAAUCUGACCUCAAAGAUACUUUAUAAUCAUGAAUUUUCAUCAAAUAAUUAACUGAAACAUGCACAAUGCCAGGUUUAGGAGUAUAUCAGUACCAGUGUGGUCUGGUUUGUUGGGUAUUUUUAGACGUGAAACUACAGUUCCCAGUCCCUAUGUGCCUUUUUUUUUUCUUUUUUUCCUUCCUUUUUUUUUUUGGGGGGGGGGUCUUUCAUGAAGAUACAAAGAUAAUAAAUGAACAAGUCAGCAACAGUGAAUGUUGUGUUACAUCCCACCCUGUUUGUUUGAAGACCAUGAAAUUACAUAGCAUGUCUGCAUCUCCAUAGUGAUUUUUACAUGUUACAUGUUAAGUGUAGCUGAGGUCAUGUUGGAAGUAUGUAGAUGUUCCCUGUCAUAGACAAGCCACUUGUUACACUGAGUGUAAAUCAUUGCAAUUCAGAGAUUUGUAAGUGGGAAAAAAAUACUAGAAACUCUCUAGUUUCUGUAGAUCUUUCUCCUGAUAAUGUGUCCAGAUUGAAUUUCCUCAUAAAGAAAAAAUGGUG